GUAUUUACUCUGCAGAAUAUUGGUACUGUCUGUCCUAUUAUCAUAGCAAAAAAGGGAGAGAAAAACUAGACUACAGCCUGGACUUAAUUUAAGAGGGGAUUGGGCUUAAUGUUUGUUGUGGCAAGCAGACGGGUUAAUUUAUGUCUGAAGAGAAUAUCCAUGAUGGCAGCAAUGUGGCCUUAAGAAGCUCAGAGACAACCUGAAGCAAACAUCUCAACUCUGACUUCAGUUUGGGCACCAAAUUCCAGGUUUGCCAUAUGUGUCAUUGUCUCAGCAGAUGGCACCACCUAGUCCAAAUAACAGUACCCCUAACAGUAACAGUGGGAGCAAUGGAAAUGACCAGCUGAGCAAAACCAACCUGUACAUCCGGGGAUUGCAACCAGGCACUACUGACCAGGACCUUGUCAAGUUGUGUCAGUCAUAUGGCAAGAUUGUCUCCACUAAAGCCAUCCUGGAUAAGACUACAAACAAAUGCAAAGGCUAUGGCUUUGUGGACUUUGACAGUCCUUCAGCUGCACAGAAAGCUGUAACAGCCCUGAAAGCCAGUGGUGUACAGGCACAGAUGGCAAAGCAACAGGAGCAGGACCCCACAAAUUUAUACAUAUCAAACCUCCCACUGUCAAUGGAUGAGCAAGAACUGGAGGGAAUGUUGAAGCCCUUUGGCCAGGUUAUCUCCACUCGAAUCCUUCGAGACACCAGUGGGACGAGCAGAGGGGUUGGCUUUGCAAGGAUGGAGUCCACAGAGAAGUGUGAAGCCAUCAUCACCCACUUUAAUGGAAAAUAUAUUAAGACACCCCCUGGAGUACCAGCCCCAUCUGAUCCAUUGCUUUGCAAAUUUGCUGAUGGUGGUCCAAAGAAGCGACAGAACCAAGGAAAAUUUGUGCAAAAUGGACGGGCUUGGCCAAGGAAUGGAGACAUGGGUGGUAUGGCCUUGACCUAUGACCCAGCCACAGCUCUUCAGAAUGGGUUUUACCCAGCUCCUUAUAACAUCACUCCCAACAGGAUGCUCGCUCAGUCUGCACUCUCCCCAUAUCUUCCAUCUCCUGUGUCUUCAUAUCAGAGAGUAACUCAGACAUCUCCUCUACAAGUACCUAACCCGUCUUGGAUGCACCACCAGUCAUACCUCAUGCAGCCUUCAGGUUCAGUUCUGACACCAGGCAUGGAUCACCCCAUUUCUCUCCAGCCUGCCUCCAUGAUGGGACCUCUUACCCAGCAAUUGGGCCACCUGUCCCUCAGCACCACGGGCACGUACAUGCCAACAGCUGCAGCCAUGCAAGGAGCUUACGUCUCCCAGUACCCCCCUGUGCCUUCUUCCAGUGUUUCAGUUGAGGAGAGCAGCGGCCAGCAAAAUCAAGUGACGGUGGACGCUCCCUCAGACCAUGGGCUCUAUUCUUUCCAGUUCAACAAGUAACAGUGGGUUUCCUUCCCCAUCUUUGUUGAAUACCAAUGAAUUGGAGACGCUGAUGCUCCCAGACUCCAGAGGGCUAAUGAGGAAUACACACCACGUGUGGGCCCUGCUAAGCACUAACACUUGGCCAUCGUUUUUCACAGGCCUGGGCCUGAAAAAGAAAUCUCUGCACUCCUGCCCUCUUCUACUCCUCCAUUCCUGAUGGAGCCUGGGGGAACUGUCACUUUUUGUGUAUGCUACAUUCAAGGUGAUCAAAAAAACUUUUCUUUCUUUUGCAAAGAAAGUUUUAUGUUUUGUUUUUAACUGCAAUAUAUUCUUUCCCUACCCCAAAGACACAUGGUGCCUGGAGCGUCUUCUCAUCUUUAUGAAAAACACUUUUUGAUGUGUUGGACUUAUUUGGGGAGGCUUUUAAAAUUUUUAUUAUUUCUUCUCUUAAAAAAAGAAAAAGAAAGAUGUGCUAGAACAUUGAAGGAGUCCUACUGUGGGCCCUUCUUACUGAAUUUAAUUACAGACAUUUUGGUAUGUGUGUGAGAAAAUGUGCAGACUUUAAAAUUUUUGUUUUAUAAAGCUCUUAGCUCACACAUCCUGUCUCUUCUUCACACAUUUUAUGACUUCUUCCUCUCAUCUAGAUUGUUCUUUUACUCUUUUCCAUUCAGCAGAGCUUGCCUAUUUAGAUCUUUUUUUUACAGUUUUUAAUUCUGUGAAUUUUUCUUUUGAAUGAAAUUUCAUAUGGAAUUUUUGGGGGCUUGGCAAGGAACAAGGUAAUACGCUAAGCAGGCAGAGGAGCUGGCUUUUCCUCUCGCUGUCUUGCUACAUCUUGGGAGAAGAACCUAGACUUUGCCUUCAGGAAGCAGAGAUGUGACCGAGGCUCAUGAAGGAGACCAGCCCACAGCCCUUGGAAGUCAUUCUUGAGCCAAAUUGAGAUGAAGACUAGGUCUUCCCUGGCGAGUUCCAGAAGGGUGGACUCACUGACUUCUGAGUAAUUCUUCUCACUGCCAAGGCCAACCUCUGAGGAAGUGUUUUCUCCAGCUACAGCUUUUCAGGAACACCUGCUUUCCUGCUUCCUGGAGGAUCUUCUUUACUGUUCUGGUCUCAGGACGCUUUUGCUCCCCAUUGUACCCUCACUGUGCUCAGAGCCUUUGCAGUUGUGGCCUUGCUGAGUCCCCACUGUGCAAGAUCAGUGGCUUCACCUCUAGGCCAGUGGUUCUCAAGGAGGUGGCUUUGUCCUCAGGAGGCCAUUUGGCAAUCUCUGGAGACAUUUUUGAUUGUCAUGCCUGAGGAUGGAGGCUGUUGCUACUGGCAUCUAGUGGCUAGAGACCAGGGAAGCUGCUAAACAUCCUCCGGUGCACAGGAAGCCCCAGCACUCCCAACAAAGAACCAUCUGGCUCGCAAUGCCAGUAGUGCCAAGGCUGAGGAAGCUUGUCGGAGACAGUCGUGUCCCUGCCUCCUGGACCAGAGGAUUUGGUAAAUCCAACCCUGGACACACGCUGCCUUUGACACUCAUGGGACUAGUUGAAAGUGACAGAACUGGGGUCCUUUAAGUUUCCCAGGCUUUGACCUUUGACACCUCCACGUACCCUGAAAAGGCUUGUGCUGUUGUGUACAUGCCACAUGCACACAGAUCAAAGUGGGGCCCGUUCCGUGUGUGCUGUGCAGGGUGGGGAAGGACAGAGCUUUCUGGAACUGUCCAAAGCAAUCUGUCCGUCUUGGUGUGUUUGGGCCCCUGUUACAGGAAACCAGACAUCAUGAAUCAUUUUUCUUCUCGUGGAAAGACAGGGAGCUAGGCUAAGAAAGGGCAAUAAAUCCCAUCUCAUUAUUUACAAGGUCAGGAGUCCUUUAAAAAAGUCUAUUAGUUGCUCUUUGACUCCAUCUCCUUCUGCAAGACCUCACUCUGUGCACAUGGAGACAGAGAAGAGAAAGCCUUUCCCACCUUCUAGGAGGUGGUAAGAACCUGCACGUGUCUUCUCCCAGCCACUCCCUUACGAUGAAAGGAGAACUCUGCUUCCUUUCACUUCAAGGUCAGGUGUCUUUCCACCAGACAAUCAGGCUGUAGGCCAAAUGACAGAGAAUGGAGAAACAGGUGUUCAUUGGGCUGGUUGUCAGGAGAAGAAGAAGAUACUGGGAAAAGAAGCUGUAGUAUCAGUUAUACAUAGAGCCUGGGUGCAGCUUACCCUCCCUUCCCUCCCCGCCCAGAAGUGAGUCCCAAAGCUUUCUACCCUUAGACUGUCCUUUUGUGCAUCCUGGGGGUGAGUAAGUGGGGGCAAUGGGUAGGAUAUAAAAUAUAAAGGACAAAAUUGCCACUUUUACUUUUCUCAUCGGUGCUCCCAACCUCAGGAAGGGGUCAACUAAUAUAAAACAGCCCCAAUAAGCUUCUAGAAGGGUUUGGCUGGGCAGGUAGCAAACGAGCCUCCAUCCCUUAGUCAAGGAAAGUAUACUGCAGAUUUCUUGCCAGUGGCCUUGAAGAAAAAGAGAAAACAAAUCUAGAAUCCUGUUCAUUUGAGUCGCUUGGGGGCGCCUUACUGUGUGAGGGUUAGUGCAGUGGGGACCUUUCACACAUGGAAACUGUUGUUGAUGUCAUUUCUGCCCUUCCCUUGCCUCCUAGAACUCCCGAUUUCCUCCUCUGUAUUUAAAAAAAAUGCUUACAUGUUUGUGUCUUUGUUUUAAAUCCUGAAAUUA